AUGGAAUACGACAGUACACCGUUUAUUCCACCACCGCUCACCAUAUUUUACCAUCUCUACUGGUUGUUUCGAUGGGUUCGUGUGCGGAAUUUCUCCAGGAAGAAUCUUCUUGACGCCUCUCUGAAACUUUUCCUGUCCGAAGAACAAAUCGAAAGAAUCCACUCGUUCGAAGAAGAAUGUAUAGAAGACAUGGAAAGAGAGAAAGAUAUCCGGAAACAAAGUUCAAACGACGAACGAAUCCAUCGUACUGCCGAGCGUUCAGAACAAAUUUUGAACAGGUAUGAAAAACCCUAUAUAAGUAGUGGCUGCUCGCAACAGAAAGGGUACCCCAAGAAAGUCGCAGGACUGUAG